UGAGAAUUCCUAAUGAUGGAUAUCCGGCCAGCCAACACGUAAAAAUUCAACUCCUCAAAGCCGAAAAAAAACCGGUAAUAUCACAAUCAUAAUGUUCGAAAACUGUCCACCCACACCCCCAGUAGAAGGCAUCCCCAACACUUCUUAGUAGCACCCGGCUCGUUGGAGCAUCUUCCACCGACCAAACGCCGAGUGACAAAGAGCCCUCCGGAGUGGUGGGGCGUGAUGUAGAAUCGUGUACCUCAGCUACAGAUAGUGGUUCAUAUCACCGCGGUAAAACACUGCUCCCACCCGGCAAAAGGAGGGGUAAAGAAACGGGGAGUAGUGGGGAUAAUUAAACUCACACAGUAGCGAUCCCCUGUAACACGAAGAAUUGUAACCAUAGCAACGACAAUUCGAUCCGGCCAAUCGGCUCUUGGUGCUGGGGCGUGGCUUAGUCAUUGCCCACCAGUGGAAGGUUGAUACAUAUGAUGAUCAUAGUGGGGAUAACGAAGGACUCUAACGAAAAAGGAAAUACACCAGAGGUGGGGAUGAAUAUCGAGGGGGAUGGAGGCUUGGGAAAGUUGGAGUAGGUAGCACCGAUGGAGAGACUCCUGGUGCAACGGGCGUACAAACGUAUCAUGCUGGGUAGGGCUGGGACAGAGAUGCCGGGAUGUAAGCGAAACCAGUUUGCUAUCCGAUACGAUCGAGGCAACAGUCAGGCCACCGUUGUCCCUAGAUUAUUUUCAUAGGAAUGCACAAAGACAUUGCAACAAUAAUUUCCAUAACUAGUGGAUAAACGCACUCCAGUGUCUAAUUAACAAGGCAUAAAUAUGUAAAAUGUCAAUUGGUGAAAAUUACAAAAAGUGCUGAUGACAAGUGUGCGAUUGAACAUCUGACAUUAUUGUGAUGACUGAGAUGAUGUCAAGAUGAGAAGAAAGUACAAAUCCAUGAAUUUUGGGAAACUCGUGGAUAUCGAUGCUAUUGUGAAGUGACAGUGAAUAGGAAUUUAAUUGUUUAGGUUUUCAAUUAUUAUUUUUUCAUAAAUUGAUAAUGUCGGCAGUGGCGCCAGCAGGUGCUGCAUCAACAGUUAGCAGUAAUGGACCAAUAAUACCAGCACCAAUAUUCGCAUUGCCAACGCUGUCAUUCAGCGUUAGCCAAGUGGCAACAGUCUGUGAAACACUGGAGGAAAGUGGUGAUAUAGAGAGGCUAGCAAGAUUUUUGUGGAGUUUACCAGUAGCACAUCCUAACAUACAGGAAUUGAAUCAAAGUGAAGCAGUGCUGAGGGCAAGGGCUAUUGUUGCAUUUCAUUCGGGACACUACAGGGAACUAUAUGCGAUAUUGGAGAGGCACAAAUUCACCAAAGAUUCCCACGGUAAAUUGCAAGCAAUGUGGCUAGAGGCCCAUUAUUCCGAAGCGGAAAAACUUCGGGGUAGACCUCUAGGUCCUGUUGAUAAAUACAGAGUUAGAAAGAAAUUUCCACUACCGAGAACUAUCUGGGAUGGUGAACAGAAGACACAUUGUUUCAAGGAGAGAACGAGAUCACUAUUGAGAGAGUGGUAUCUCCAGGAUCCUUAUCCCAAUCCGGGAAAGAAGAGGGAAUUGGCCGCGGCAACGGGCCUCACUCCGACGCAGGUGGGAAAUUGGUUCAAGAACAGAAGACAGAGAGAUCGAGCUGCUGCUGCCAAGAACAGCAGAAUACAACAACAAUCUGGCCAAGGGAAUGGGGCUUCCCGUCGUGCCCUGAGUCCCAGUCCAGGCGGUAGCGAUACAGAAGACUCUGACAUAUCGCUGGGCGGUACAUCACCCCCAUCACCAUCAUCACCACCACCAUCACAUCAUCAACCAUCACCUGUCUCUCUCGGCCCAAUUGGACCACUACCACCCCCAACGCUUAAUUUUCGAUUUGACGCCGGCCAUACGCAUGCAUUUCGCUUUACCCACGCCACCGCCUUCAAAUUCCCAGGGACGGGUUUUCGCUUUGGGCCACACAGUCCUCAGCAUAAUCACCCGACGAUUCCCAGUACAGGAGGAAUGUUUAGGCUUACGGAUACAAGUCCGUUUCAGGCCGUCGGACCGCGGGAUGAUUUGGGGUCGAGAUUGCCGGAGCCUCUAGGAUUACACCCCCCGAGAUUACACCACCACGAAACGAUUCUCCAUCAUCCUCACCCCCAGCACCAACUCCCAGAAGGUAUAUCAAGGCUAUCAGAUGCUUCGAGGCUAUCAGACGGUGGUAUAUCCCGUCUGUCUGAUAGCCUGAGCGAAGCUCACAGUCCGCCCCUGGUAGCCACCAAUCUCUCAGUGACAGGACCACUGAGAGUAGCUGUACCAAGUCCCCACACCCCAUCGUCUCGAGGCAGUCCACCGAGUCAAACGUCCCACCAUAUUCAGCAGAAACCCGGUCAGGGUCUAAUAAGAGUGGCAACACCACCAAUAAAUCCUAAACCACCGCAGAUUCACAGGCCAUUUUCACCAGCGUGAUAGAGUCAUCAGAAUUCUGAAUCCUCGAUCGGGGCAUUGUUAAAUGGAUGAAUCAUCAUAAUGAUCACCUCCAAUUCUGUAAAUAUCUAUCGUACAUCACGACAUCAAACGAUCUGUUUUUUUUUUAUGUUAACUGUAAAUACCGAUUUAAUUGUAAGAGGAAUGAGAGAGCGGAGAAUCAUACGGGAAGUACUAGAAAUCACCUCAACAUUUUUUUUUCUCUCCUCUCGUCAUUAAUUCCCUGCCCAAUCACCGAAUUUGCAAUGUCAUACGGUAUUAUUGAUGGUUAAUUCCAACGGUUUGUAAAUAUCAUGAACCUCCAGUCAUUGAAAACGCUUGUUUUGAGGGAACACGUAGAACUUGGAUUUCAUGACAUCUUCUAAAUUAUAUAAUGUGUCAUACACUGAAAUAAUCCAGUCCCGCUCUUUUAUUCUAUUAACUUCUAUUCGAUAAUCCGCGAGAGACACGAGACUGAUUCGCGGUGAUUCCCUAGUGGCAAUUUUUGUUUAAUUGUUUUUUUAAGAAUUCAAUGACAUGUCCAGACUGUUUUAAAAUCACAUACUCAUUUCUAAGUUAUUGAUAAAAUCGAGCCAAUUAAUAUUCAGUAAUGUAAUGUUCUAUAAAAAUUAACACUGGGAUUCCAACAAUUGUAUUAAAUACUGAUUGCCAAGAAAUUUGUUGCCUAGAAUUCGGGUUAAAAAUGAAAACAGAUUGUAUUUUACGAAGAAAUUACAUGACCUUUUAUGGAAAGAACUACAGAUUUUUCGGGUGCUGUAAUUUUUUAGUAAACCUUAUUCGUCAUUUUCAUUUUUUAUCAUAUUUCUGCAAAUAUUAAAUAUCUAGCCUGGACAACCUAAGAAACGACAACGAAAGUCUGUAGUCGUUCUAUUGUAGAAAUGUUCCAAAUUGUAUUAUAAUUUUCCUAGUCUCAAAGACUGGAGAUGCCUUUUUCGUUAUCAACUAUUGUGAUGAACACAAUGCCAUCAGAAUCUUAAUUUACCAUCAUCCCAGCCCUGCCUUGAUCCCUAUUCGCCCUGUACAAGUCCGUCAUUAGAUUAAGUAGGUCUAGCGCAGCUUGAAAAAUACGAUUAUCGUACGGAUUCGCUAAAAAACAAAAACUAACCUGGGAGUGAAAUAAAAGAUGCAAGACACAAAAUGCGGUGAAGAAUAAAUUAAUAUUAGAAAAAUAAAUCAACUAAAAAUAUGAAUUUCAUGGAUGAUGGGGGAAACAAAAUCGACAAGCGAUUACUUGGAAAAAAAAUUAAAUCCUCUCCACGUAUAACGAAAGACAAAGUUCUGCAGGCACAUUCUGGAGGGUGAAAAAAUUAUUCGAAAUCCAAAAAAAUAAAGUAAUGAAACUCGUUAUGCCUAUGAUAGAAGGAAAAAAAUUAUUGUAUAGGUUGAAUCCUUAUACAUACUGAACAUACUAGUACGUAAUGAUAUCUAGGUUAUUAACGCAAACAAAUUAAUUAUAUGAAAAAAUUAUACAUAUUAUAUAUAUGAACAAAAGAACCUUAUUGAUAUUCAUUAUUAAUAUUAUGAAAAAAAUAUUAUUUGCGCCUGUAAAUAUAUUCACGCGAAAAUAUAUUAACAGAUUAUUAUGAAGCUACGGAAUUCGUUGAUUAUUUAUACGCAUCAUCCAAAUUACUUCACUGAAAAAUCUAGAGAGCUCAAUAGAAUAUUUUAUCAAUUUCUAUUGAAUAACUCUGCGCAUUCUGUGGAAUAGAAACUCUUCAACCGAAUGAAUGACUAAAAUUUCAUAUUUUCAUGGAACUAUUUCUACAGCAAUGCAUAAACACGAAUUUUCUCAUUUUCCGCUCCCUUUUUCCCUUGUCAAAAAAAAAGGGGAACAUUAAAAUUUGGAAAAAGUAAAUCAAAGAAUUUCAACAGAAAAUAUCUCAAUAAAAUAAACUGAAUAUAGAAAACAUCUAUUAGUUAUUUUCUGUAGAAUAUCUAUCGAUGAGACAUUUUCAUUAUAAAAACAGCCACAAUAUCUGCGGAAUUGUUCAAUA